GUCCUGGGAUUGCAUUUGUGGUCUACCCAGAGGCUUUGACUAGGUUGCCCUUGUCACCAUUCUGGGCUAUCAUCUUCUUCCUCAUGCUGCUUACACUUGGUCUGGAUACCAUGUUUGCCACAAUAGAAACUAUAGUGACAUCUGUUUCCGAUGAGUUCCCCAAGUACCUGCGCAAACACAAGCCUCUGUUCACUUUGGUUUGCUGUCUGUCCUUUGUGCUGGGCUUCCCCAUGAUCACUGAGAGUGGAAUGUACAUGCUUCAGCUGGUGGACACCUAUGCAGCCUCUUACUCUCUGGUCAUCAUAGCCAUAUUCGAACUGGUUGGAGUCUCAUACGUUUAUGGUCUACAGCGGUUCUGUGAGGACAUUGAGAUGAUGAUUGGGUUCCAGCCAAACAAGUUUUGGAGAAUCUGCUGGGCCUUUGUCACACCAACCAUUCUCACAUUUAUUUUGGCACUCAGUUUGUACCAGUGGAAGGUGAUGACAUAUGAGGAUUACACUUAUCCAACCUGGUCUAUGGUUCUCGGCUGGCUUAUGGUCAUCUGUUCUGUCAUAUGGAUUCCCAUUAUGUUUGUUAUUAAGAUGCACCUUGCACCUGGAUCGUUUAUUGAGCGUCUGAAGUUGGUGUGCUCUCCUCAGCCCGACUGGGGUCCAUUCCUGAUGAAACACCGUGGGGAACGCUACAAGAACAUGAUCGACCCACUGGGCACCAACUCCCUCGGCCUCAAACUUCCCCCCAAAGAUUUCCAGCUAUCAGCCCAAUAUCAAUAAUCCUCCUCAAUCCCCUGUGAGUGCGAAAUUCCCCGAGGCCUCUGAGGGUGAGACCAGCACUCAUGUCAAACUCUUUCUUCCCCCU